AUAUGUAUAGCCUAAACAUAGUCUAUACACAAGUUGAUUAGUCUAUAUGGACUGGUUCAACACCUAAAAGCAUCUAUAAAUUGAGCUCUAUAACACAUGCUUUCUUACACCUCCAAUAAAAGAAAAAAACUUUUCCUUUCAUCGAAAUAAAGUGAACAUAUGGCCAUGAAGAGCGUCUCCGUUCUCGCAAUUCUAUCUCUCUUGGCAUUAACACUUCCAUUAGCCAUUGCUUCUGACCCAAGCCCUCUCCAAGACUUCUGCGUCGGCAUCAAUACCCCAGCAGAUGGUGCGGAUGACUUCUUCAUGUCGGGGCUUCAAAAUCCAAGACCCGUAGCUAACGCGGUUGGGUCGAAUGUGACAGCAGUUAAUGUCAACAACAUUCCAGGGCUAAACACCCUUGGAAUCUCACUUGUCCGUAUAGACUAUGGAGUGGAUGGUCAGAACCCACCUCACACCCACCCACGUGCCACUGAGAUCUUGUAUGUUGGGGUUGGUACACUUUUUGUUGGGUUUGUCACAUCCAACGGAGAUGGAAACCCGGUUGCAUUCGCUGCUUUGAGCAGCCAAAAUCCAGGUGUUGUCACUAUUGCUAACACUUUGUUUGGGUCUAAGCCAUUGAUAAACCCAAAUGUUCUUGCAAGAGCAUUCCAGUUGGAUCCUAGGGUGAUUGUGGAUCUACAAACCAAGUUCCAACCAAAAACUUAA